AUGAAAGCAACAGUUGUCACUAAUUUAUUCACUAAAACAGGUCAUUUAAAACCACCAGUUACAGUAGAACAUGGUGGUUACACAUGGACGAUAUCUUUGGAAUACUCCGAGGUUCGCAAUAUUCCUGCAAUCGAUUUUAUGCUGCAAUGUGAUGGGAUUCAGGAUGGAAAAUAUGUGGCGAUGCGCAUCGAAUUUCUUAAUUUUACCAAAUCAACCCAUCAGACCUUCUAUUUUGUAUUCGAACCACAUAGAAAUCGAUUUUGCUACAGAAGGAUUUGCACAGGUGUCCGUCAUGUUAACUAUCAAAAAGGAAAAACGGUAGCCAGUUUUCCGAUAAACCGUUUCAUGUGUCCAACCUCUGAGGAUACAGUUUAUGAAGCACCAAGCCCUCAAUCGUGGAUAUUUUAUAAUUUGGUAACAUGGAAUGUUCUUAAUGAUGGACGAGUCGAGACAACACCAUGCAAGAUUUUAUAUGACAAGUUUCAAUAUGGACUUGUGUUAGAUAAAGCAUUCGACACUGAUACACUUGAUCAGGAAACUCCUUCCUACUGGCCACAUUCUUACGACGAGAUGAUUGAGUUUGUCGAGCCAAAUUGGCCGGACAUGAGCCACACUGCGAUCGAGUAUUUAUGGGGAGAAUCUACUGAAUAUAAUAAACAAACUUGUUUUGACAUGCUUGGAGCCUGCUAUCAUAAGUGGAGGUUCGAUGAAAAUCUGUUCUGCAAGCACAUCGCGGAUAUUAUAAAGAUUCCAAGGCCUCCGAAGCAGUGUUGUGAAUCGCUCUGCAUUUUGUAUCAUGCAGAAUGGAAUGUGAGAAGAAUCCCGAAAUCUGGAGACCUUCCAAGUAUCUUUAAAAUAUUCAUGGAUCAUAAUAUGCAGUGGAACAUGAGUUUCUUUCACUCGACGUUCAGAAAUCAAACGUUUCUCUCGAUUGGUGGAGUUCUAGUUGGAGACAUCAAGAGAAGUUGUGUGUGUUCAUUGGAAGUUUCAUUGGAUUCUAAGCAAGGAAAAAUUACAAGGAAGUUCAGAAGACGUUUGAAUAAGACACAAAAUACGAUCUGUUUUCCAAUGUUUUGCAAAAAAGAAGACGUGAAUUCAGAAGGAAACAUUUUUCAUGUGAAUUUUGAAUUUCAAGAAGUCGAUGGAUGGAACGAUGAAGAUUAUCUGAAUGAUGUGAAAAUGCCAGAACCAAAUGAUGUUGUUCUGAAGUUACAAGACAAGAGAAUAGCUGUGAACAAAACGUUCCUCGCCCACCAUGCGCAGUUUUUCUCGGGUCUGCUCUUCAAUGAAAAUUUCCAUCAACACGAUAAAGCGGAAGUUGAAAUUCAUUCUAUUGGUUUCAAAGAAAUGCUAGAUUUGCUUGAUGCUCUCUACCACGGAACAAAACUUUUCGAUGUAUCUAAGUACUACCAUAUUCUUCAAAAAUCGGAUGAAUGGAUUUGUGAGAAAGUUAGAUGUAUGAUGGAAAAAGCAAUAAACAAUACAAAUUGCCAAUCUGUGAAUAAACAGAAAUUGAGAGAGAAGUUCAAAAUGAACCUUGUCGAAAAAUUUUCAGAAGAGAACAAAAUUGAAAAGCGAGGAAUGUCUGGCGAUGCUUCAGACGAACCAUCACCUGAUGCCAAAAAAGAACGGGUUGAGGAAAAAAAUGACAAGGAAAAAUUUGUAUAA